CGCCGCGCAUCGAACUAGCUCGUUAUACGCUUGAGCGGCCGCGCCGCGAGCAAGUACACCAACCAGUAUAGUAUACAUCAACAUCAGUCACAGUUGUCACUGCUCCGCGAGUGGUGGUGUCGCACGCCCUCCCUUCAUGCGUUCCAACAAUUCGGGGAAGGUCGAGUACACAACACAUCACCAGAAUGUGACAAAACAACCGCGCGCCGCACUCUCUAGCUAAUAACUUCCCUUCGUCUUUCCUAGUAACUAAAGUCAACAAACUUUUUUAUUACUUUCUAAAACGUAUUUAAUUUUCCGUGUGUGUUUCGUUUCAAGCUCGCGCCAAUAAAACGUGUGUGUGUGUGUAUAAAUAAAUAUUAAUACAGUGUUGUUAACUUAAAUACGACAUGACUGUAUCAUAUGCCGGCGAGGUACCUAACGGCAGCAGUUUCGGAUGUUUCUGGAGGAUCCUUUGCAAAUGGCGCGGCAGCGUUUACAAGCUCGUCUGGAGAGAACUUCUGGCGUACCUCACUCUGUAUUACACCAUCAACUUGCUGUAUCGGUUCGCACUCACAGAACCACAACAGAGGAUAUUCGAGAAAGUCCGGCAGUACUUCGGCGCGCAGAGCGAGUCGAUACCCAUGUCCUUCGUGCUGGGCUUCUACGUCAGUCUCAUCGUGAAGCGGUGGUGGGAGCAGUACAAGCUGCUCCCGUGGCCCGACACGCUGGCGCUCUUCAUAUCAGCCGGCAUCCCCGGAGCGGAUGAAACCGGCCGACUGAUGAGGAGGAACAUCGUUCGAUACGCCAUCUUAGCGUACGUAAUCACACUGCAGAGGGUGUCGCUUAGGGUGAAGCGGCGGUUUCCCACGUGGCAGCACGUUGUAGACUCAGGUCUCAUGUUAGAAAGCGAAAGAAAGGUGUUCGAAAAAAUGGACGGAAAGAGUCCAAUGUCCAAAUACUGGAUGCCCUUAGUGUGGGCAACUAAUAUAAUAAACAGAGCAAGAAAAGAAGGGCUCAUCACCAGUGACCACAUAGUCCAAACGUUGUUGGUGGAGCUGUCAGACAUCAGGAGGAGGCUCGGGGCCUUGAUCGGGUACGACACGGUGUGCGUGCCACUUGUGUAUACACAGGUGGUGACGCUGGCGCUGUACACGUAUUUCGUGGCGGCGCUGAUGGGCCGGCAGCUAGUGCCGCCGGCGCACGGGAGCACCUCGCAGUACCACCCCGACGUGUACUUCCCGCUCUUCACGGCGCUACAGUUUUGUUUUUACGUGGGAUGGCUGAAAGUGGCCGAGGUCCUCAUAAAUCCGUUUGGCGAAGACGACGACGAUAUUGAACUCAAUUGGUUGAUAGACAGACACAUAAAGGCAGCCUACAUGAUAGUAGACGAAAUGCACGAAGAGCACCCGGAACUGUUAAAGGACCAGUACUGGGAGGAGGUGGUUCCCAAGGACCUGCCCUACACGGUGGCUUCCGAACACUACCGCCGCCACGAGCCGCCCUGCUCCGCGGACCACUAUAAGGUGAAGGCUGAAGACGCCGUGUACGCCAACGUGCAGGCCCCAAGAAAAAGCCACGAUGAGACUUACGCUGAUUACGAAAGCGUGGACACACCGUUAGUGGAACGAAGAAAGAAUUGGUUCCAGCGUCAGAUCUCGCGCAUGGGGUCGGUGAGGUCCGCGUCCACAGCGUACUCGUCGGGCGGACUGUUCGGCCGCAACCGGCACAACUCCGUGGUAUACUCAAGCCCCGAGGCCGGCCAGCCCGUGCCCGCGCCGCCGCACAAGAUGUCGCUUUACGAGAGGCUCGUCGGCAGGAAGAGCGGCCGCGGACAACAUCGACAGAACUCUAGACAUGGUGGACAGAAAAGCAACGGUACAGCAGUGCCAAUCACGCUCCGCAACCGGCCGCGGAUCCCCACUCCAGACGUGACCAAGGAGAUCAUCGACCGCGAGAACCGUCUCGCUAUGGGGAUGCAGAACAUGGGCGUCAUUAUGGCCCACCAGGGCUACCAGAACGAGGUGCCUGUCCUCGGCGCUUUAGUGCUGUCUCCUAUACAAGAGCUGGAUAGCGGUUCGGUGAAUAACACGUUACACGCCGGCCAGCCGGGGACUACAGCAUUAGCACAAGCAGUAUUAUCUCCGUCGGGCCUAGCGCCGAUGUUGACCGCGGGGCCCGUCGCCCUGUCUCCUAUGGGAGUAACACAACUUUCACUAGUGGGAUCGACCCCGUCGACGCCUAGGACCGAGCGUAUAACGGGCUCAGCGGGAUCCGGUGCGACGCCGCCGCCGCCACGGGCCACAGUCACGGAACUGCCGGGAUCGGAUCGCGACAGCGAGCACAGCGCGGCCAGCACCGGCACGCCGCCGGAAUUCACCAGAAAAUCAAACUCGAAACGGGGUGAAGUCUACGUUUAAUGACGUGAAGUACACCAUGAGAUAGCACUCAAAUCAGGUUUUAUGAUCAGUUCUACUUUAGGCGGGCAUCACAGGGCUCUGGUCAAGUGCCUUUUUCCUACAAUGUAGGCAAACCGCGUGGUGUUGUACACGACGCCGUGCCGUGCGGAAACUCCGUGCUAUGUGUUAUACUCCUGAGUGUAUCGAAACACCUAAAACUCUAUGAAUCUCAAAGACAAUCCAGACAUCUACGCGGCUAUUUCUGAAGCUAGCUUUUUGAAGCCCCAGGAGAGAUCGUAACCGUGAAAUUAGCUGCGCCAGCUCGCAUAUCUACUUAAGUUCGUUAACUAACAGACGAGUAGGUAUUCCUACACUUAGGUCCGAGUUUACACCAGGCCUAACAGACCAUGCAAAUAUAAGCCAUUACACUCGACAGCGUAAAAGUAGUGUUAAGGUUGUUGAUCCAGGUCGAUGUAAAGGUCAUUCAUUAGUGCCAAAAAUUGGUGGCCAUUUUACUUCAGGCCAUUGUGAAUAAAUUGAACACGUCUGGAACGUGUGGCUUUUAUUCUCUUAUAAAAUAUUAAAUAAUAUAAAUGGACUAUUACUUACGUAACCUACGAUCCCAAAUGCAAAAGAGUUCGACAAUUAAGAUUUUUAUAGUGGAUAGAUUUUUAGACUAGAAAUAUAGACUUCAGUAAAUAAUUAAAGCAAUAAACAAACACUAUUAAAUAAUAUAAAAAUAAUAUAUUUUUAUUCAUAUAUGGACAGCAAUAAAUAUUAUGUUUAUUUGCUGUAAAAAACAUAUUUAUGUACUUAAGCUGUCGAAGCAAAAUAAUUCGUUGUUCUUUAAAUCUUCCUUCGACUUUGCGGGAUCCUUACGCAGUUUCUUUUUCAUCUUCCACCACAACGUCUCGAUCGGAGACAAAUCUGGGCUGCUAGGUGGCCAAUUCUCCAGUGUAGGGAUACUGUGGUUCUUUAACCAAGCCUUCGUGCUUGCUGGAAAACAUACUUAAUCUCAUAUUGUAAACUGGGAAUUGAAGGCAAUAAGCUGGUCUUUAAGAUUUCUUGGUACUUAGGAGCAUUCACAGUGCCCUCAAUAAACUGCAGCCUACCCACACCUUGAGCUGACAUACACCCCCAGAUCAUGAGUGAGGCAGGAAACUUGACUUUUCUCUUUAGGCAGUCUUUAUGACCUUUCAUAAAGACUGCCUAAUUGCGAACAAUUUUUUUGCGUUUAUCGCCAACAGCCACUUCAAACUUCGAUUCAUCGCUCCAUAUUAUGGAUCGCCACUGAUCAACAGUCCAGUUUCGACGAGCUAAAGCGAAUAUUCGCCUCUUCUUUUUCUGAAGUUUAGUAAGUAAAGGUUUUUCUUUCGCCGUAUAGAAUCCGUAUCCCAUUCUUUUCAUGACUCGUUUGCAUAUAUCGACAGACACAUCUUUAUUGAUCAUUUCUCGCCAUCGCACGGUGAGUUCUGCCCGAGCACGUCGAUUUUGCUUAAUGAUCUUUUUUAAAACUCGGUUUUCGGCUGGUGUAGUGAUGCGUGGGCGACCAGUUUUCUUCAAGCUUGAUAUACGUCCAGUUUUCUUAUAAUGCUGGAUAAUAGAAUGUAUAGUAAAUCUUGGUAAAUGAAGGUCUUGAGCUAUUUUAUGCACAGAUUUUCCUGAUUUACUGUUUGAAAUUAUAAUUUCUCGAACGUCUUACGAAAUUGGUUUAUCGCGACCCAUAUUGAAAAUGAAAACUUGAUAAAUAAUACGAAAUUGAGAAAAAUUGUCUUUUUAUAGCCAAAGUGACAUUUUCAGAAUAUCAAACAAUUCUAUUUUCAAACAGAUUUAUUUUUAAAUUUAUUCUAAAAGUGCUAAUUGCUUGACGAACAAUUUUGCACCGAUUAGUGUGAAACGAACUUUUUUGCUUGUGAUUCGUGAAAAAAGGAAUGACUAAUUCUCUUGCUAUGUAAAAUAUCGGCUCGAUAUUAAUAUAUAUAAAAAAACUACGUUUGUCAACAUUGUCACCAAUGCUAAAUAUAUUUUUGAAAUAUUAACACUGCAGCGGUAAUCUAAGAUUUAAAAAAAAGUCGUCGCUUUGCAAGUGACUAGACGAACUCUUUUGCAUUUGGGCUCGUAACAGGCUGUUCUUCUUAAAUGUAAAAUUCUAAAUUACUACAAAUAAAAUAUAUUUAACGAAGUCAGUACACAAAAUGUUCACGUCAUCUUUUAUGCGAUUUCUAACCUAAAGAAUCUCAAAUUCCAUCAAACGCAUGAAAUUGUUCAGAUUGUUCAGAGACAGACCGUACAAAUAGUUUCAAAGUCGCGGGUUCGAACUUAGCUCGUACCAAUGUGUUUGUUAAAACAUAUGUACCUACGAAAUAUCAUUUGAUAUUUUCCAAUCGCUUUUAGAUUGAGGAAAUAUACCAGACAGACUACACAGUAAGAAGCGUAUACAAAGAUAUUCUAAGUUUGAAACUGCGUCUACUCAAGCUGGUUCGAUGUCAAUAAAUGCGGUGACGAUCUAAAUUUAUACUCUUAUCAUUAUCAAUAAAAUGGAUGAUGCUUUUCGAUUAUCCUUGCAUAACUCCUUGAUUGAAGGGUGAAGUCCCUCUGUACUUAACUGGUAGCUAUAUAGUGUAGCUUGACGAAUUCGCGAAUCGCUCGCUCAUUUUAAACAAAUUGGCGCAAUUAUGGCACGUUCUCCGGACGCAUUUUAAAAGCUACAACACAGCAUACCGGACCGCGACCUUGGUCCGGUCCAAAUGUAUCUUCCCCGCUCUCACUUAUAGUCUCCUUAACGGACGUACGGUGGACCACCUACCAGAAAUCCAGACGAUCAAACAGGCCGCGGACCGGACUAAGGUCACGGUCUUGUUCGCCCUUCUGUUACCGCUUUAACAGUUUUGACAGUAUUUUCACCUGUUUCUUAAAACUACGAAGAUUGCUGAAUUGCAACGAGAGAGAGAACGUGUAGUCACUUAAGGCCCCGUGGGUUCAGGUCCUUCUCUCACUCCCACUGAGCGUAAUCGUGAGCGAAAUGAUAGUGCGUGCCCGUUCAUCAAAAAUAAAAAUGCCCAUUUUUAAUAGUUAUUUGUACAAGAGAGCAAAGUUUGAUAUUUCUUCGAGUGCUUGUUUUGAGUCCCGUGUAAGCGAAAGAUUCUAUAAUAGAUUCACUCGCUACGCUCGUGAAUCUAUUACGGUAUUGCAAUACCGCUACCAUUUUUCAAAAACUGCUGGCUGAACCUACUGCACCUUAAUGGACUUGGAGUCAAAUGGUAUUUUAAUGUAACCCUCUUUCCAGAGCUAUAUGUUAGCGGCUUUCCAAAAAUAGAGUAAUAAAACAUCGCAUUUUUAAUUGACUUGAGCUCAUUUAUAAAAAAAGUAAUGUGAUUGUAUUUACUAAUCCAACUUUAGUUAAAUUAAAUAAAUUAUUGUGACGUUACUACCGGUCAGCCCACCUGACAGGUAAAAGCGGUCAGGCUUAGAGCGGUAAUGAUCUAAUAAAAGGCCGAGCACCUCUUUGACAUUUUGACAUUGACAUGACGAUUGUUAUCUGAGUAGCCCUAUGUGUACGACCUUAACAAACUGUGUUAACAAAAGCGUUCUAAAUAUGUAUUAUUCUUAUUUGCUGUACAGUGGUGCUACUACGAGUAAUUACUAAAAUUACUAGUGUUAAUAUAUUGAAAAGUGUGCUGUAUACGGUUAUAAAUUUUAGUUAACAACACAUUUUAGCUAUUUUGGUAAUUUUAGUAGCACCAGUGUACACGAAAUAAGAAUAAUACACUUUUUAGGACCCGUUUGUUAACACAGGGUAUUAUGGUCUUACUCUGAAUGCUGCUCAGAUAUCAAUCGUAAUUUUUUAUAAAAUAUGUAUUCUACUUUUCUAACAGUUGAACACUAAAAUGUUGAACUGUGGUUUAGCACGAAAGGACCCAUUGGGUCCUUUUUGCUAAACUUUGUCUCAUCGCCAUUUUCUGGUCGUUGCAUACGCAACGUGAUUAUCGUCGUCACGUCGACUGGAAUGGGUAAUGUUUGGUGGGGGCAGAAGUGCGCAUUCGUAUAAGACAGCGCCUGCAAUUCGUGCGACAUGUUAUACGACUCGAAACACGUUGCGUGUGCACCCACCUUAAGAACACACGCAUUGCAUUGUUGUGUGGAAAUAAGUAUCUAAUAAGUUGUACCUAAUUGAUGAUGAUUAAGCGCGUUAUUUUUUAUAUACACUGUGUUUUUGCCUGUUAAACAUUUAAGUAAAAUAAGCCAGCGUUUAACAUGUGACUUGUCUUGACCAUCGUCAAUAUUCGAAAUGUUUAUAUGUAUACAUUUUAUUGAAUAGUAAGGUAGGAGAGAUCGAGGCUUGUGAAAAUCCGUCCUUAGUGAAGUAAUAGGUAGUGAUCUUAGUUAAUUUAGCCUAUGCGGAUUGACAAUAAAAUACUUUUUAAAUGUUAGCGCAUAACGGAGUAACCGUUGUAAUUAUAAUGAAUUUUAAAAAUUACGCACAAACAGGGAUUGAAUUGUAUAGUUGAAUUGUAUACAUAUAUAUUUUUUAUUUUA